AUGGGCUUUAUGAAUGGCACCUUUCCUCUUGCCGUAUAUGGGCUACAAGACGUGUUUAGCAACUAUAUUAUAUAUUUGAAGCUUUGGACAUCAAACUCAGACCCAAAGCUGGUGGGACGAUGGUACCUAGAACAAUUAUACAGAUCAAGAGUAAUAAGUAAUCACUUGAGGCUUGACAAGGGAACUGAAACAGGUCACAUGGCCACUAUCCAUGUGUUUCUAAGGCAGCAUCAAGAUGAAGAAUAUAAUGUAAAUGGUGAGGACACUGUACAUUAUGGGCCAUCAACCAACAACAAGAUUGAACGCUGGUGGCGCGAGUUGCACCAUCAUCUCGAGAAGUAUUUCAAGAGACAGUUACUAAUGUUAUUAGAACAAGGCCACUAUGAUCAGCACAAUCAAACUGAUAAUUUGUUGGCAUUUGUUUAUAUACCAAUAAUUGGAAAAGAACUGGAGGUGUUCAGAGAAACUAUAUGGAACUCACAUAGAGUAAGAUGCCAAAAGGAAGCUCAGUUACCCAAGGGAAUACCAAAACAUUUAUAUGCAUUUCCUGAGCAAUAUGAAGCCGAGCAAUGUGGUUUCAGUGUAAGCAAAGAAAUACUUGAUGAGGCAACCAAUCUCUCUGAAGUCAUGAGUGUUGGAGAUGAUUAUUUAACUCAUGCUGUAUGA